CAAGCGCCGUGUCACCGCCGGCGACACUGUACACUCACUCGCGCUCUCGCCGCCUAACGAUGCUUAACGCCAUCAUGGACGCCAUGCAGGGCUUUGGGGUGAGCAGCACCCGCUACCUGCAGACCAACUACCAGGAUGCCCAAGGCUUGUUCCUCUGGGUGUCCUGGGCGGCGGACCUCAGGAACACCUUCUUCAUCUUCUUCCCGCUCUGGUUCCACCUGCGGCCCUCGGUGGGCAUCAAGCUCAUCUGGGUGGCGGUCAUCGGAGACUGGCUCAACCUGGUGUUCAAAUGGAUUCUGUUUGGCGAGAGGCCUUACUGGUGGGUCCACGAGACGCCUUAUUACGCCGACAGCGCUCGCCCUCACAUCGAGCAGUACCCCAUGACCUGCGAGACCGGCCCAGGCAGUCCCUCUGGCCACGCGAUGGGAGCGGCGGGCGUCUACUACACCUUGGUCACCUCCAUCCUCGCCAUCACGGCCGGGAGGAAGAAACACGGCAGCAAGAAGUCCUCCAACAAGAGAUACCUGAAGGCUAUCCUAUGGUCCGUGUUCUGGGGGGUCCAAGUGUGUGUUUGUCUGUCGAGGGUCUUCAUCGCCGCCCACUUCCCCCACCAGGUAGUUGCUGGUGUCAUCACAGGCAUGAUCGUGGCCGAGGCCUUCAACAGAACUCAGUGGAUCUACAACGCCAGCAUGAAGAAGUACUUCUACACGACCCUCUUCCUCACCUCCUUCGCCGUGGGCUUCUACCUGCUGCUCAAGGCUCUGGGUGUGGACCUCCUGUGGACGCUGGAGAAGGCAGGGAAGUGGUGCGUGAAGGCCGAGUGGGUCCACCUGGACACCACGCCGUUCGCCAGCCUCCUGCGCAACAUGGGCACGCUGUUCGGCCUGGGCCUGGGCCUGCACUCGCCGCUCUACACCGAGACCAAGAGGAGCGGCAGCACGUUGGCGAAGGCGGGCUGCGUGCUCAGCUCCCUGCUCCUGCUGCACCUCUUUGACUCCUUCAAGCCGCCCACACAGACCGCCGCCCUCUUCUACCUGCUCUCCUUCUGCAAGAGCGCCACCGUGCCCGUGGUGACCGUCAGCAUCAUCCCCUACCUCGUCAACGGUGCGCUGGGCCUGCACGGCAAAAAAGCAGUUUGAGCCAGACGGAGCACUGUACAGACUGUAAGAACCAGGAAGUGUGGAGUAAAGACUUGGUGCUAAAUGCCUUCAUGAAAGCCAAAGCCGAAGAGAACAACGAGACUGCGCGGCCCCAAGACGCCUUGAGGCACUUGCAAGACCUCAGCAGCACGUAAUCAUUGUCGACUUUGCUCUUAUUUCGCUUAUUUCAUUAACUGUUGUGUUUGUCGACGUCACAGAGAAUAUUUUUGACUAUUUUUAAUAAAAUCUUGAAAACAUAA